AUCCCCUUUACACGCACGAUGUCUGACUCUGAUACGCCGUCUGCACCCGGAACUCCUAACGGCGCUGUUGGCCGGCCAGCAGCAGCGGGUAAACCGCCUGGCGCACAAAUUCGACGGAGGGCAACUGGUCAGGUUGCAAAGCCCAACUCAACGCGGGCAGCAGGCGCCGGCGGUUCGUCGAAUACGAUGCUGAAGCUAUACACGGAUGAUGCACCUGGAUUGAGAGUAGACCCAUUUGUCGUGCUCAUCUUGUCUUUAUCCUUCAUCGCAUCCAUCUUCUUCCUUCACAUAUCCGCCAAGGUCAUCCGCGUUUUCACGAAAUAAUGUUGGGCCUGAAUGCGCGUGGGGAUCCGGUGAUGGAAUGUGUGGUACUGGAGGCACUCAUAGGGAGUUGCCAUCACUCAGGCUGCUAUAGUGCGUUGUAUCAAAAUUCUUUGCUCUCCUGAGCGUUCAGCAUAUACCAUACUCUCGUUUAUUCCAAUUUGAAGUCGGUGCUGGUUGGAAAUGUUCCCGGCGAUCGAAUGAACUUCAAACUUCUCCCCAGCCCAUUGGUUAUGGUGAUUCUGUAUGCCGGCGGAAGUCCCGUAUGGGAGGCGCAUAUUCCCUUCCCA